AUGUCCGCAAAAUUAGAGUCGCAAUGGAUGAGACCAUAUUACAUUCAUGAUAUAGUUGGAUUUAAUAACUACAAAUUAAGAUCCAUUGAAGGACGAAUAGUCAAAGGAACCAUACAUGGUGAUCGCUUAAAGCAAUAUAACGAACA